AUGCAGAAUUGUAGCGUGCUUGUCAUGACACCAUCGAUACUGGAGGUUCUAGAGCCACCGCAAUCAUUGCACGACUAUCCAAGGCUCGACAGAAUCAUCUUGGGUGGAGAGACAGCCUCGAAAAAGCUGUUGGCCUCCUGGAGCAUUUUGCAGCGGCCGAUAUGGAUUGCAUAUGGACCUACAGAAGCAACCUGCGCGACCCUGACUACGCGUGUCGAGGUCUGCCCUCAGACUGGGGAGUUCAAGCCAUCAGUACUAGGGAGUCCUAUCCAUGGUGCUAGAGUGCUGAUAGUGGAUGAUUCGAGGAGCGAGAUCCAGGCUGUUGGGGAAGAGGGAGAACUGUUGAUUUCCGGGACUGGACUGGCCAGGGGCUACUGGCGGGACAAACCAAAGACAGGUGAGAAGUUCUUCUUGUACAAGGGCCAGCGCACAUACAGUACAGGCGACCGUGCGAGAUGGUAUAUCAAUGCAUCCGGCGAAAGAGUGGUCGAGUUUUGUGGUAGGCACGAUCGAACCGUCAAGAUCCGAGGAUUCCUUGUCAACCUUGAGCUGGAUAUCGAUGCAGCGUUACCGACCAUGGAUCCCAAGAUCACAGUGGCGUAUUCAGUCCAGGUAUAUGGCAAAUUAUACACUGCCCUGACACCAGUACCUCACAACGUCGCCGAGCUAAAGUCACGAUGGAGAGCUAGAGUUCCCCCCUAUCUCGUGCCAGACCAUAUGGUAGGGCUUGAGUCGCUCCCGAUGACGCCAAAUGGCAAGGUUGACCCUCGAAAGUUGGCCGAGAUCUUGAGGGCCAUCAUAUCGGAUACCCGAGAGGAUGUGGAAGAUGCUGGUAGUUUGGAAUCUACCAUAAUUGGUGGAAUGGCACGCAUACUUGACAUACCGGUGUCUACGAUCGACCUGAACCAGUCUUUUGUUAGCCAGGGACUUCAUUCUAUAGCAGCCAUCAUGCUCUGCUCGCACUGUCGGAAGCAAGGGUUUGCUAUACCCAUGGAAGACUUGCUCGGGUCGCCCACAAUCAAGGAUUUGCUCCAGAUUUACAGCUGCGCAGCUCGUACACCGGUAGAUGCGGAACCUGCAGCUGUAAUAGCCUCAGUGGCACCCCUCACAGCGUUGCAAAAGAUGCUCAUCUACGACAGCAUGCAUCAAAAGACUGCGAAUGUGGUGCAACACAUUGCCACGUAUGAGAGCAAGGACAUACAGCAUCUGCGACAGGCUUGGGAUGCCGUGAUCUCAGUGGAGCCCAUAUUCCGGAUGGAGCUGGACAUCAAUACCCACACACAGCGCAUCGGCAAAGAAGCAAGAGUGCGCUGGACAGAGUUUGAUGUCGAGACAAUCCAUGAGAUUGAGCAGAGGACCAAGCAAAUGGCAGCGGCCACUGGCUUAGGUGCCUCGUUUGCUAUCUUGCACCACCGAGGCGCUUUGCUGCCUUGCGACCAGAGCGUUGUCAUAUUCUCCAUACACCACGCUCUGGUAGACGGCUUUUCCGCUUCACUUAUCCUCAACAAGGUCGCUGCUGCUACUCGAAACAUUCCAGUCGAUCCGUCACCGCCUUUCACCGUUGCAGCGGACAAGAUCCGAGAGAAUGCAGCACACACGUAUGCUGAAGCGGCUGCCUUCUGGAAACAGCAGGAUCGGGACUUUGGCGAUGCCAUUGGUGACAUGUUGCUCCCGAAGCUACCAACGGUUGAGCCCGACACGACCGCUGAAUACACCGUACAGACAGGGCUGAGUAGUACAUCGCUCGCGAAGCUCUGCCAUGCGGGAAGAUCGACGGCCGCGACAUUCCACUACGCAGCAUGGGCACUCGUACUUUCCAGUUACACGAACGCCGCAACAGUGCUUUUUGGGGCUGUUCUUUCCGCCCGGACUCUGGGGUUCCAAGGAGCAGAGAGCAUCAUCGGCCCACUCAUAGCGACACAACCACUACGUAUGGCUAUUGACAGACGCGCAUCAACCGAUGCAUUCCUGCAGCAGACACACGACGCGGUGCGUUCUCUAUCCAGAUUUCAGGCAUCUGAGCGCAGAGGGGAGCCGUUGCGUUUCUCGUCGGCUCUGGCGAUCCAGUAUGACUCGCCCGCGCUUGAGCCAGCAGGAAUCGAGGCAGUCCAGCCGCCAGUCGUCGCCGAGUCUCCGGCACUGCCGCUCAAUGUCCUGGUCGAGGGAGAUGGGCGGGUACGAUUCGUGUAUCGUUGCAACAGCUUUAGCAACGAGCACGUGCGUCAGAUCGCGAGUCUAUACCACAACCUCUUGCACAGUUUGACGCGUCCAGACCUCACCGUCGACGGAUCCUUAAGGGCGCGCCUCGAUGCAGCGACGUCGCGCAUGCUGCUGGCUCGCGGCAACGGCCAUUCUCCUCUUUCUUACGUCCGUGCAACUGGGCCGACAGUAACGAGUUGCAUUGAGAAUGCAGCGCAGGCCAACGCUGCACGUGUCGCUGUAGAGAAGGGAGACGUCCAGCUGAGCUAUGCAGAGCUGAUGACGCGUGCGGGACGUGUAGCAGCUGUCACCGAGGAGUUUGUCAAGCCGGGCGACGUCGUGUGUGUUGUAGCAGACCGCUCGAUCAACUGGAUUGUGGGCGUAUGCGCAGCACUCAAGGCUGGUGCAGUCUAUUGUCCUCUCGACGCCUCGCACACACCGGAAUAUCGCGGCGAGCUGCUGAGAAGCAGUGGCGCGAAGUUGUUGCUGUGUACUGAGAUGUCACAGUUGGUCGAUGCGCCAACAGCAAACGGCGUUCCAAUGCUCGACAUCAAUGCUCUCUUGGCAGAUGAAACGCCACGUCAUCGACACGUGACGACCAGGGCGCCUAGCGUCCAUGACGCCGCAUUCCUCUGCUUCACAUCGGGGUCUACUGGUAAACCCAAAGGUACGUCUCCUCACUAUAGAUGCUCCCGCUUCUGUCGCAUAUGCUAA